AUGCAAGCUGUCGUGUUUAAAGGACCCCUGGAGGUCGCCCUCGAACAGCGCCCCAUCCCCCAGAUCCAAGAACCCACCGAUGUGAUCGUCAAGGUGCGCUACACGGCGCUCUGCGGCAGCGAGCUGCACGUCUUCCGCGGCCACCAACCGUCCGCAACGGGGUUCAUCAUGGGCCACGAAUUCACGGGCGAUAUUGUGGAAUGCGGAUCAGAAGUCAAGACAUUCAAAUCGGGCGAUCGCAUCGUGUCGCCCUUCACCACCAACUGCGGGGAAUGCUUCUACUGCGUGCGGAAGUGCUCCUCGCGGUGCGCGAAGGGCAAGCUGUACGGAUGUGUCGUCCUCGACGGCGGCCAGGCGGAUUACGUGCGUAUUCCCUCGGCGGAUGCGACGCUCGUGGCGGCCCCGGCAUCAGUGGACGAGAAGAAGCUCGUGCUGAUGGCGGAUAUCCUGCCGACGGGGUAUUUCGCGGCAAAGAACGCGUUCAAGGGCCAAGACGAGCAAGAGAUCCGGGACAGCACAGUGUUGCUAUUUGGGUGUGGGCCGGUGGGCAUUUUCGCCUUGCUCAGCGCUUUGGAAUACCGACCGAAGCAUCUCAUCGCGAUCGAUAGCGUUCCGUCGCGAUUGGAACUGGCGAAGAAUCUGGGGGCAGAGCCGUGGAAUUUCCAGACGGACGGAGAGGGGCUGCGAAACCGAGUCAAGGAGUUGACGGACGGGCGCGGCGCAGACGUGGCUAUCGAGGUGGUCGGACACAGCGAUGCGCUGCGGAUGGCGUUCGAGAUGAUCCGGCCCUGGGGACGAAUUUCCAGUGUUGGCGUGCACAAUGGCGAGAUCCCGUGGACGGGAAAUGAGGCAUAUGGCAAGAAUCUCCAGCUGCAGAUGGGACGCUGUCCGGUUCGAAGCACUUUUGAGGAUGCGCUGGACUUUCUGGUCAAGAAGCAGGAUCUACUGGACUUCAUGACGGCUGACAUCCGCCCGCUAUCGCAAGCCGUCCAAGCAUAUGACGACUUCAAUCACAUGAAGAGCCAGAAGAUCAUCUUUGAGGCUGGUAAAUAG